UUUUUUUUUUUUACACACCGGCUUGCAACCACCCUCCCAGUCAGUCACCUCAAGUGCGGCCGAGCGGCUGGAGCGGAGGCAAACAAACACAUCCAGAGCAUCCGGAGCGACUCUCGUCUAUCGUGUUUUGGGCUCAAGUAAAAGAGACCGGGGUGGAAGAGAAGAAUGGGACGCCGGUGCUUGGAUCAACACUGAGUCCUGCCGGCACACCGAGAGCUCCUCUGACUUUUUCUUUUUCCCCCUCCCAGAGUCACCGUGUUUUCACCGCUGACACAAUGGGCUGCUGCAGCGGACGAUGCACUCUCAUCUUUAUUUGCACUUUACAGCUGGUGUUGGCUUUAGAAAGACAGGUCUUUGACUUCCUUGGUUACCAGUGGGCCCCCAUCCUCGCCAACUUCUUCCACAUCAUCAUCGUUAUCCUCGGCCUCUUUGGCACUAUCCAGUACCGGCCACGCUACAUUGUAGUGUACACGGUAUGGGCCGCGAUCUGGGUAGCCUGGAACGUCUUCAUCAUCUGUUUUUACCUGGAAGUAGGAGGCCUGUCCAAGGACAGUGACCUGCUAACAUUUAACAUCUCAGCUCAUCAUUCCUGGUGGAGUGAACAUGGCCCCGGCUGUGUGCGGAGAGAGAUGCCACAGGCUCCUGGGGUCCAUACCACGGAGAGCCACUCCUACAUCACUGUCAUGGGCUGCUUCGUGGACUAUCAGUACAUUGAGGUCAUGCACAGUGGGGCACAGAUUCUUGUUGCUCUCCUUGGCUUCGUGUACGCCUGCUAUGUUGUCAGCGCUAUCACUGAGGAGGAGGACAGCUUUGAUUUUAUUGGAGGAUUUGACCCAUUCCCACUCUACCAUGUCAAUGAGAAAUCAUCUCAUCUCCUCUUAAAGCCCAUGUACCCGUCUACGUAAAUAGGAGAACAUCCAGCGGGGAGGUGAUGCAGCAAAUUCCUACAGAGACAAAAUGGUUGCUUUGACACAAACGUCCCAGUGCGCUUCAGUGCGCGAGACGUUCCUCCCUCCUUUGAUUUCAGUCCUUUAAACGUGUAAUUUGCUGAUGUACUGCCCAGAAAAGCCAACAUUUCUCUGUAAGGGUCCAUCGUGAUGGGUUUAGGGAGCUGGGGAAUUGCAGUAAAACAAAGCAUGUAUUUAGGGGUAUUUGUGUAUUUAGGCAAGUAUCAAUCAUUUUGUUCGUGUUGAUUUCUCUGCUGUGCUCCCACUGCUGCAACCUGCCCACAAUGGGCAAAUACCCCCCUCCCAGACUGUGACUGUAUAGAACAUGUACAGCUAUUAAAUACAUUGUGGAUGUAAUCAGGGGCUGCCCAUCAUUGCCAGUCUGUGGUGCUGUGUCUUAGAGGACUCACUGAUUUAGCAUAUUAUUGCUGGUUUGGCUCAAAUCUUAGCCGGAGGGCUGAAUUACAGUGGAGCCUGUGGAAUGAGCUAUUGUGUGCUGUCUGUUUACUUUAGGCCAGGAUGUGUGUGCAUAAAUACAGAAGCAGAGCAGGAAGAGACAGGGGAGUGUAGAGGUAGAGGGUGGGGAGGGAACAAAAGCACCAAACCUACAGGGGCAUCUGUCAAAAAUAGAAAAUGUAAAUAAUGAAAGUGGGAGGGUUAAAAUUAGCUUUUGAUUUAGAGUUUGAAAAUGUGAGCUAUCAAGAAUGCAAAAUAGCGUGAGCCUGCAAGAGGCAUUCAAACACAAAGGAUGGCAUGCGAGUCUUAGUUUUAUUUCGGGAGUCUUAUUAUUGUGACUAUUUUCACCAACAACAAAGUCGGUGUUUCUGAAGUGUCAGGUGUUUGUGCUCGAUGAUACGCUGAAAGCUUUGUUUUCACGUCAGUCCCCCUCUAACUACUGACAGAUCUGCCAAGGGUGAUCAUUACACACACUCAAACAAAAGUUACAUAGCAUAUUUUUAACUUGAAGAAAACAAUAGAAGUUGUUUCAUUGUUCAUAUUUAAGCACAACAGUGCUGAGAUGUCUGGGUAUGGUCUUCAGUGUAGAAGUAGCGUGGCAUAUACAUGAAUAGAUCAGAGAGUUUUCUCCUGUCACUUCAGCAGUUUAAAUUAAAUUGUCAGUGUUAAUAGUCGCAGCUGUGAUUGUUUGAGAGCAUGUUGGGGUGUUUUUUUGUUUUGUAAUUUUAUGCAUAUUAAGUAAUAAGUAAAAAGCAAAACUGGUGUCUUUAAAUUGCUUUAUAUAAACUGGCAACUUAAAUUUCUUGUAUUCUGACCCAGAAAAACGACAAUUAUUCAAAUGAAAUGAAAUGAAAAAGUUCAUAUCUCCCAUACUGAUUGGUAGCACUUCUUUUGUUCCUGUUAGUGUCAUCAAGAAGUCAGAUUCGCUCAUGCCUUACUGGUUGUGUGAAUCACUACUGCCCUCUGGUGUUCAUAGUAUUCAUGUGCAAAUUUCAAGGCUACUGAGUUUCUGCUGCAUGCUUAACCUUCCAUAAAACUCCCACUUUUUUUUUUUUUUA